AGCUAUUAUCAUAGACAUCAGUUCAUGUAUGUAGGCAUCUUCAAACAUGUUGCCAUUAUGGUAAAUACAGUACUUGACCUGCUAAUAUUGGAACACCUACUUGUUCUCAUGACAGUUUUUCUCCUAAGAGACAGCCUUACAUAUCUUAUAUGUUGUGUUGACGAGGCACAAUUUUAUCUACAACAGUUGAUCUGGUCAACUCUCAAUGCAAUAAUGGUUCACGCCUCAUGAAUAGCUUAUCACCAUUUUGUGAUUGUUUCAUAGAUUUGCCACUAUUUUAAUAACAACUUUGAGAUUGAGGGGAAAAUGUACAAUAUCUGAGCUUAGUCAGAGAGCAAGACCUUGAGAUACUUGAACUCGUCCACUUGGGGCAGUAAUUCUCCCCUGACUCAGGGGGGACAAUCCACCCUUUUCUGACAGAGGACCAUGGUCUUAGAUUUGGUAGUGCUGAUCCUCAUUCCAGUUGCUUCACCCUUGGCCUCAAACCUGCCCACCACACAAUGAUCACCAUCUGAUUAAGGAAACAGAACCACAUCAUCCACAAAAAAGCAGAGAUGUUAUUCUGAGCUUGUUAAACUGGAUACCCUCCAGUCUUUGACUACCCCUUGAAAUCCUGUCCAUGAAAAUCACAAACAGGACUGGUGACGAAGGGCAGCCCUGGCAGAGUUCAGCACCCAUUGGGAACACAUCUGAUGUGAUGCAAAGAAUGAGGACACAGCUCCUACUUUCGUUGUAUAGAGACUGGAUUGCACGUGCAGUGGUUCUGGUACCCUAAGCCAGAAGGCUCUGUUCCACUGUGACCAGGUCCAAUAUACACUUGUGCCAGUUACAGGAUGGCAGGACCUUGGCACUGCCUUCCUUGAGCACAAAGAACAGUUUCAGUUCUUUGUCCUUAUAAAUUGUGGGGCAAAUGUGGACCUCCUUGAGAUGCUUCAACCAGAUGAAGACUCCAUCUUCUUCAUCUGUGACACUCACCGCCCUGUUGAUGUGGUUAAUGUUUACAACGACACUCAGAUAAAGCUGCUCAUUAAACAGGACGAUGAUUUGGGCGUGCCCUCCUAUGAUGAUAUUUUCCGAGAUGAAGAUGGCGAGGAAGCAGAUGACUCGGGAAAUGAGAGUGAUGAAGGGUCAGAGCCUUCUGGGAAACGAAGGAGAUUUGAUGAAGGGGCAGUUGAAAGGAGAAUUGAAAGACAGCGGGCAAGAAGGGAGUGGGAGGCACAAAGGAGGGAAAUCUUAUUCGACUACGAGCAGUAUGAGUAUCAUGGAACAUCUGCUGCAAUGAUGCUGUUUGAGUUGGCAUGGGUGCUGACUAAAGACACCAAGGACAUGCUCUGGUGGGCCAUCAUUGGGCUGACAGACCAGUGGGUUCUUGAUAAAAUCACUCAUAUGAAAUACGUAACAGACGUUGCCACAAUGCAGCGACAUGUUUCCAGACAUAACCACCGAAAUGAGGAUGAAGAGAACUCUCUUUCAAUCGACUGUAUGAGGAUCACUUUUGAAUAUGACUUGCGUCUGACCCUCUACCAGCACUGGUCUUUGUACGAUAGCAUCUGUAACUCCUGUUACACUUCCUGCAACUUCAAGCUUUGGUCUUUAAAUGGCCAGAAGAAACUCCAGGAGUUCCUGGCUGAUAUGGGACUACCUCUAAAACAAGUACGGCAGAAAUUUAACUCUAUGGACAUGUCAAUCAAAGAGAAUCUAAGGGAUGUCAUUGAAGAAUCUUCUAAUAAAUAUGGGAUGAAGGAUAUCCGGAUUCAGACAUUUGGGGCUCAUUUUGGCUUUAAGAACCGUUUCCUUGCUACUGAUAUGGUUCAUGCUGCUGUGGCGUUGCUGGAGAGCACUGAGAAAGAUGAAGAAAACGACAAUUUCAUCAAAGCCCUAGAGUCCCUUUCCAGGAGUAACCUUAAACGUCUGCAUUCAGGCAUUGAGCUGGCCAAGAAGAAGCUCAUUGCCAUCCAGCAGACUGUAGCCAGCUGCAUCUGUACAAACCUUAUCCUGUCCCAAGGACCUUUUCUCUACUGCUACCUUAUGGAGGGAACCCCUGAUGUGAAGCUGUUUUCUAAGCCCUUGUCCUUGACUCUGCUCUGCAAAUACCUCCUGAAGGCCUUUGUGUGUUCUACGAGGAAUAAGCGCUGCAAACUACUUCCUCUCAUUAUGGCUGCUCCCAAAGAUGUUGAGAAGGGAACAGUCAUUGUUCUGGGAAUCCCACCCGAGUCUGAGACUUCUGACAAGAAGAAUUUCUUUGGUCGAGCAUUUGAGAAAGCUGCGGAGAGCACCAGCUCCAGAACACUCCAUGACAAUUUUGAUACAUCGAUAAUUGAACUGAAGAUGGAGGACAGGACCAAGUUUCUGGAUGCUCUUAUCACACUUCUGUCUUGAGACUUUUCUAGUUGCCAGCUGGUAAAAUACACAGAUGGCAAAACUUCGCUGAAAGUUUGAACAACAUGACAUGUUGCUGACAUCUUGAUACUAAAUGUGAUUUCUGAGUCACUUCCUGUAUGUCGUACAGGUGUCACCAGUUCAACAUGUUUAA